AUGGCAGACAACGCUGGCCUUGACCCCCACAUGAUCCCAAAGGUGAACGCUUUCGUGAAGAAGCUCCACCGCGAUGUUUACCCGGCUGUCGACCCUCGACGACCAGAUCAUUUCCAGGCUGGCAAGAUUGUGGUCAUCACCGUCAUUUGCUGCAUUUUUCGCUCAGGCGUCGUCAGGGCCAUUGCUCCACUCGACCGCUCUGCCAACGACCUCGCCGAGACCGAGGAGCUGAUCAGAAAGAUCAACCCCGUGACACAGGCCUGUGAUGAGAUCGUGGAUCGAUUUGGCGUGCCUCGUGUCUUGAUCAACAACGCUGGUGCGUUGGAAUCGGCAGAUACGAUUUUGGACUCGGAUAUUGAGUCCUGGUGGGAGACGCAUGACGUCAACAUCAAAGGCACCCUGACCGCGACGCAGACGUUCCUCCGCAAAGUCGGGUCCACGCCCUCCAGACCAACGACCAUCAUAAAUCUGACAUCGGACGCAUCCCUGGGCGGCAUCCCGCGCUUUUCGUCGUACAGCAUCUCAAAGAUGGCAAACACCAAACUCACCCCGUAUCUGCAGGUCGAGCAUCCAACGAUCACUUCCCUCUGUAUUGAUCCCGGCGUCGUGGAGAUGUCGUGGACGGACAUCGAGGCGCUGCAGUCUCCCCUGCUGCUUGGACGGGACAUAUAUGAGUUGGUUGGAGCCGUGGGGAUCUGGGUUGCGAGUGAGGAUAAAUCGUUCCUUUCGGGCCGGUACCUUUCGAUAAACUGGGAUGUUGAGGAGCUGCAGGCCAGGAGGAGGAGAUUCUCGAGAAGGAUUGGCUGA